AAACAAGGCUCCUCAGUAUAUAAGCGGUAUGAUCAUAAGUUGUUGAAUACCUAAAUCAUUACGCUGAUGAAUUCGCUCCUAGAUAUCUCUCUUUUUCUCUUAUUUCUCCCCUUUUAUCUCUUUUUCCUCCUUUAUCUCUUGGCUGUGAGUGAGACCCCACCUGUGAUGCUCUCAGCAAGCACAGCAAGCUCAGCCUGCUCAGUUUGGCCCUGGGCAGCCAUUCCUCGAAGAUUUCCUAUUCUCAGGUGUUGCUCUGCAGCAACUUGUGUAGUCUUACGUCUUCAAUAUGUCAAUAGCUGUCAAUAGCAAGCGGGUUAACGUCGUCUUCUUUUAGGGGCGUGACCUUCAUAAUGGGGAACAAGCGGCAGCGCUUGGCGCGGAAGAAGUUUCGGGAUGAGAACCCUGUCCCUGAAGAAGUGAAGCCUGCGGCCGCAGAUGGGGAGGAGCUGAAACCAACCAAUAAGAAGCUGAAACUAGAGCGGUGGAAGAAGAGGAUGGAGAAAGAGAGGGCCAGGGAAGAAAAGCUAGCGGCCAAGAAGAGAUCGGAAAAGCCGGUGGGGAGUUGCUGGGCGUGUGGAGAGGACGGGCACCGCUCAAGUGAUUGCCCCAGCAAUAACAGACACAAGAUUUGCCUGGGGUGUCGAGGCCGGGGCCACACUCUGAAGACGUGUCCAAAUGCAACAGGGGCGGAGCGAGGUUCAGAAGGGCCCUCAAAAGGGGCGACGAAGUUCUGUUACAAUUGCGGGGAGGAGGGGCAUAACCUGUCUGGUUGCAAAAAGCCUAUCAAAGAUGGGGGCACACAGUUUGCAACGUGCUUCGUGUGCAAGCAGAAGGGCCACAUUAGCGCGGCCUGCCCACAGAACGAGCAUGGCAUCUACCCCAAGGGUGGUUCGUGCAAGCACUGCCAAAGCGUCCGCCACCUUGCGAAGGACUGCCCCGAAAAAGCCCCGAAGAGUACCGUGUAUGGUAGAAAUACGCCAGCCCCGCCGGCGGCAGGCUUAUCAGCGAAGAAAACCGUCUUUGCGAGCGGGGACGAUUUAGAGGAUGAUUUCACGGGGCUCGAAACGCCUGCAAAAGCAAUCAACUGGGGGAGCGACGACGAAGCUCGAGAAGGGGAUGCGGGAGAGGACCCCGAUAGCAAACGGGAUGACGAGGUUGUUUUCGAAGCGCUGGGAGAGUCGAAAAAUGUGACAAGGAAACGGCACAGCGUCGGGAGCGAGUCGAAAAAGAAGCGGAAGGCGUCGGAGGAUGAAGAUGAUAGAGCGAUGCCGCAGUCGGCACCGGCAAAAAUGACCAAGAAAAAGGCAAAGACAGUGACGUUCUAAGUACACGUAUCCCGCUCUGGAACGCACAUAUCCUGAGAGCUGCGCAUGACUGACCCGAUGAAUCGACUUGACGGUCCGGAUCAUUCCGAAACGGAAGUAUAAUUUCCACCAUGUUUCCAAGCUCCAAUUCCAAGUUGCAAGGUGCGUCUCGGAACUUCCUACAUACAGAUCGACGACACGGGGACCGAUCACAUAUAGCUCGACCAAGGCAUGUUAGGACG